AUGGGGUUGCCGGAGAUGUCCCAUAGUCCCGCCUACUAUCAGGAUCUGGGACCCCUCGGACCACAACAACCUCGCAGCUCGAUCGUCACCCCUCCCGCAGCCGCUCGUCGAUCCCAAGAACAAUCCCCGGUGCUCGGUAAUCCUGUUGGCGGGUCCCGUCCUUCCUCUCCCUUAUCAAGCCUGGACGCCAGUCCCCGCACAUCUGGCCGGGGAUACCGUGUAUAUCAAACCCAAGCCCUAGGAGGAUCAGUUUGGCCGAGGUCAGAUCCUCGGGAAGUGGAAUCUCUCCCUGCCCGAGGUUCGAUCUCGAGUAGUGCACCAAAAGAGGAGCGGACCCGCAGAAGUUGGGCAGACCAACCCUCUUUGAUGUCGGGGGAACAUUCCAACCCCAGCAUAACUCGCACCCGCAAACGAGACAUUCCAGAUGACGAAAUAGUCACCAGUGAGGGCCAAGAUGCUCUAUUGAUGCUGUUCCGACUCACCAUCGUCCCUUUAUACGCCUUUGGAGGUGCCUUGUACACCAUCUUCGCACUCUUCUUCGCCCUUCUUGUCUCACCUCUCCGUCUCUGCUCAUUCUCACCUUACUUCCGUUCAACUACAUUCGGCUCACAAUUAUGUGACCUCCUCUCCCCCGCCCUCCACAUCCACGAACGGCUUGUUUUUAUGCAGCCACCAUCUGCGGCAAACAGAUCACCCUCAACGCAAUGGAUCCAGUCUGAUCCAGACUCCGACCAGCCCUCAGUCUUAUCCGAACCGAGCGAGGUGUACUCCGUCGGCACAUCAAUCGCCGUCCUACUCCUAUCGCCAUUCUUUGGCAUUGUAAUCCUCCUGUUCGCCUGGACAGCCGCCUUCUUCUGGGUAUUUGCCAUGGUCCUCGGAAACCCAGACGGCACGGAACGCAAAGAUGACGGCCGUGCUGCCGUCCUCGGAGUAUGCAAAUGGUGGCGGACAUGGCUUUGCAAAGCCCGCAAAUAA